UUUAUGAUGCUAAGAUGAAGCAUCUGGAACUACUAAAGAAUCUUGCUGAAAAGGAUCGAGAGAUUGCCGAGAAAGAUGUGGCAAUAGCGCGUCUAAACACAGUGAUUGCUCAAAAGGAGGCAAUCUUCACACAGAAGUUUGCGCAAGCGCAGCACUUUAUUAUUCAGCUGACCGCCAAACUUGAGAAUUUGGAGAAGAAGGAUGUCGGUGGGGCAGGAGCCAAGAAAAGGUUAGGAGUUAAGGCUAGAGUUGGCCUGAAUAUCAUGAAUAGGUUAGGAGAACCCUUUGAGGAGGUGGGGGUUCAUGGGCGGAAGGGGCAGUUGGAAAGUGAUGAGAACGCUGGGUUUUAUGAAGAAAGCAAUUUGGACGAAGAAGAUAUUCUAACAGAGUUUGGAGAGAAUGGACCUGUGCCAGCUAAAAAACGGAAGUAGACCCAGUCACUGGUCUUCCAGUCCAGUUCAAACCAGAUUGUCAUGCACAAUUGUACAUAAAGAAGAUUAUAGAAACAAAAAAAUUGUCAAACGUUUUUUUGAAAGUUCAUAUAGAAGAUUAUAGAAAAAAAACAUUGUUAAACGUUUUUUUGAAAGUUCAUAAAGAAGAUUAUAGAAAAAAAAACAUUGUUAAACGUUUUUUUGAAAGUUCACAAAGAAGAUUAUAGAAAAAAACAUUGUUAAACGUUUUUUUGAAAGUUCAUAAAGAAGAUUACAGAAAAAAACAUUGUUAAACGUUUUUUUGAAAGUUCAUAAAGAAGAUUAUAGAAAAAAAAACAUUGUCAAACGUUUUUUUGAAAGUUCAUAUAGAAGAUUACAGAAAAAAACAUUGUUAAACGUUUUUUUGAAAGUUUUGAAUAAUCAAAAUAAAAUAAUGAAAAUUA